AUGCCUUGCAAAAUCAAGCAGAUCAAGGACUCUCUGCUGACAGUGUGGUACAAGGACAUUAAGUCUGUCAAGAUCAAGAAGAAUAAGGACAAUGUGAAGUUCAAAGCAUGCUGCAGCAGACACCUGUGCAUGUUGGUCAUCACGGAAAAGGAGUAGCCUGAGAAGCCCAAGCUGUGACCACCAGGCCUGGCGGUGAAGGAGCUGAAAUGA